AAUUGUUGUGAUAAACUUAUUAAAUAGAGUUUACUGAAUGGUAGUCUUCAUGGAUUCAAACUCAAACAUAUGCAAAGAAAGCGAAGUACUCAAAAUGGACGCUUCGGUUUCGGAUGCAGAUGCCACAAAAAUUCCGAAAGCUGAAUCAGCCUCCCAAGAUCAGAGCUUAGCGGACGAAACAGCUGAAAAAAUGAGCAGCAAGACAGCAAAUGAAGCAGCAGAAAACAUUGACGCAGAGCCUUCCGAAAGUUCACGGUCGGUCAACAGAAAAACAACGACAAAUACUGAUGAUCCUAGUAGCGAUAGCCCUGAGAAAUCGUCCUCAGAUGGGCGUAAAAAAUACCCUAACAGGCGAUCAGCAAAGUCAUUAGAUCCAACUCCGGUUCAACCAAAAACUGACGAAAGUUCGAAGACAAAAGCUUCAACGACUAAGAGCAGUGAUACAACGCAACCGAGUAAUAACACAACUUCACCCAUUAGAGGCGUUGCGCUGAACAAGAAAGCGAGAAGAGCAACCAGCAUAGCGCCUACUCACUAUCAAGACUUGCACGUCUUUGGAAAAUACUACACAGCUCCCGAGACAAGUCCGACGCCGAGCGAGAAAUCUCCUGACAAGUGUUUCCAAACAAAGAAGCCAACUAUCAUCGCACAAAACAAAGACUUCUACUGCUGGUUGUGCCACGAGGGGUCGGGCGAUGAGUUGGGGACGUUGUUGCCGUGUAAUAACUGUUUUCGAGUGUAUCACAAAGAGUGUGUUGAAAAGGGACACGAGUACAAAUUCGCAGUCGACACUUCACAUCCGAACUGGGAGUGCUACGAGUGUCAGGCCUUGAAGGACAGUGAAGAGAGCUCUAGAAUAGCGACAUGGCUCAGUUUGGAAAACCUUGGCAUGUGCCUUCAGAAAGUGGUCUCUCGCCUGAUCAACACGCCCUCCUUCGACCUGUUUGUUAACAAAGUGAGCAAAACAGAAUAUCCGGACUACACCAAGUUCAUCUACAAGCCAGUGAGUCUGUCGGAACUGGACAAGAAAGCGAUGACGCUUCAGUAUACGUGUGGCGAGGCACUCAAACAGGAUUGUAAACUGUUUCAACACAACUCGGCAAUCUUCAAUGGACCCUCUAGUCCCAUUACAGGGACAGCGAGACGAAUGGUUUCCUAUUGCGAAAAGGAACUGGCGCAGAUCGAAGCCUGUCCCGACUGCUAUUGCAAUAGUCUCCUUCGCGACGACUUCUUCGAGUCCCCCUGUCGAAUACCACACCCCCUGGUAUGGGCCAAAUACAGAACAUUCCCCUACUGGCCCAGCAAGAUCUUCCAGAUGAAGCCCCCUAACUCGGCCGACGUGCGCUUCUUCGGGGAGCACGACAGGGCCAUAGUUAAUCUGAACCAGAUCUUCUACUACUCAAAGAACCCCCCGGAACCAGUCAAGAAACACAUGAAGAAGUUUGAGGAGUCGCAGAGCGAAGUGCAACGAUACAUCAAGAGGCUGCAAGCGUAUCAGUCUUUUUCUCUGGCAUCGGACAAGAAGAUGUUCAAAGGGUUGCCGCUUGGUGAACCCUUUGGACCCAUAAACAUCAAAAUAGAAGAAGACAUUCGCAUCGAGAACGACAAGUCACCAAGUGUAUCGCCUGACCUAAUGAAGCAGGUAGCAGAAACACAGCAAUCUACUCUUAACACCAUAUCAAACAGUGCAACCAAAAGUGGAGAGAAGAAACAGAAACCAAAAUCUGGUAGAAAAGACGACAUUUUAUCCGACGUUGAUUUGAGUUCAGAUAGCUCUUCCUCGGAAAGUGAGUCGGACAGCGAAACUUUGAGCUUAUCAGUGUCCAAAAAAUUAAACCAAAGCAAAAGUACAAAAGAAGUUAAAUCUACAGAAAAGCAAGACUCAAGUUCAACUUCAAAUGCACGUGGGAAGAGAGGUCUAAGUCUGGGAUCAAAAGUUCAGGACGAGGAGGAAGGUUCUCAGACAAAAGCAGAUAAUGUGCCUCCAAAGAAAAAAUCUAGACGUGAUUCCUCGGCGUCUUCGGCAAGCAGUAGUGCAACGUCGGCAGCAGCAUCUUCAAUCAAGACGGUGAAGCUGGAGAUCCAAAAAUCUCAAGAAGUUGAAAUUAAGGAAGAUUCAAAGAAGAAAGAAUUGAGAACAACUAAAGAUGAUGCCAAAUCAGAAGUGAAGACUCCGCAAACGUCCUAUAACAAGACAAGAAGCAGAAGGACGGAUGGUGAUGAUUCAACAAAGAUGGAAGAAGAAAAUAAUAAAAGUGCAACACCCGAAGUGCCUAAGAGCAAAGAAUCCGAUUUAACAGUUACCAAAAAAGUCAACGAUGAGACGGAAGAUACAGAUUCCAAAGUGGAUCCCGAUAAAGAGUCAGCGGAUAAAGCAAGUGAAUACGCUGCCGCAAUUGCCACAGAAACGACUGCACUUGAGAGCCUCGAACAGGCGUUGGAUGCGGAAGCAAUGACCAGUGAUUCAACUGUCGAUAGUUCUGACGAUGUUGAAGUCAAAAUGGAAAUAGACGAAGCUCCCUCGACCAAAGCGGACGAGACAAAAGUAUCAAAAACUGCAGAUAGGUCUGAUUCAAAUGACCAAAGAAACGACUAUGGUAAAGAUUCAUUAUCAGCCACUGAAGCGAGUCAGGGAGAAGAAUCCAAGUUGAUUUUAAAUGGACAAGAACCGUCUGUUGGACAAACUUCAACUAAAGAACUCACACAUUUGAAACAAUCUAUCUCCAGCCCCGCGACUGAAGAAACGGAACAAGUUACAUCAGUGCCUGAAACACUCGCAACAGCUGAGCAGAAACAGAUCGAGGAGUCACCAAAAGUUGACGAAACAACAAGUAAUUCAGUUAGUCCCUCAGCAAAAGAAGAAGCUCAAAAAGAAACAAAUUCAGGUUCAGUUGGAACCAAAAAACCAGGUCAACUGGAUGCAGUAGUUUCUGAGCUUGAAGAAACCGGACGCGGCAAAAGAACCAAGUUCAAAAAUCCUGCCUUAUAUAACUCGGACGAAGAAAUAGAUCCAAAAAUGUUUACAAAAUCCUCAAUUUCAAAGCGUUCGAAAGAGACAAAAGAAACUACAGCGUUCGCAAGUUCACAGCCUUCAGGAGGCCUAGCGGCAACUUUGCAAGCUAAAAAGCAAGCGAUACAGUCUCCGAGAACGGAUUCGAGACCCGGGAGUCCCUCGGGAGGUCAUCACAGCUCGAAACAUUCUUCGAGUCAGUACACAAAAACAGGGCACCAUGGCAAUACGUCUGCAAAUGUGAAGCCGGUAAUUUUAAGUGAGUCUUCCUACAAAUCGAAACCGAAGGGAGUUGUCAAGGGAACACCUCAGCCGACUCCGCCCAAGUUGGCUCCUGGACCCUCGGCAGAGGAAGCACUGGUCGAUAAAAUCACCGAAAGGCUCUCGGGUCAGAUAGGCGACCUCGUGAAUCAGGUCAUGUCAGCCCAAACGAGGGGAGACUCAAUAUCCAGAGACGACAUUAUCAACGCCAUUCUGUCAAACAACCGCAACCCAGCCUCCAAGAACUCCUCAGCAGUGAGAGAUGGGAGGACCCCUGCUUCAGUCUACCCUCCAACUCCUCUGCAUCGCAAAGUGGAGACCAGAGACAGUCCUGCUCAAGUUGACAUUCCGGAUGAAAUGGCAGCCACACAGAGAGCUGAGAUGAGGCGUAUGGCGAGUGAGAAGCAGAAGGUGCUGGAGGAGCGACAGAAGUUGGUGGACGAGAUCGGAUCCUGGCAGAGGAAGUACAGGGCACUCAAAGAGGCAGAGGGCGACCGGAAGGAACAGCACCUCAACCGCACUAGACACGAGUUCGCUGCUCGCAUAGAGGAGUUGAGGCGAGAGAAGAAUGUACAGUUGAGCGACUUGACGAGACACUACGAGCUACUGUUGGCAGAAGUGGAGAAGAAUAUGAGUGCACUGCACAAAGAGGAAAUAAGGAGACUCAAGGAGGAGAGGUCAGCCGAGGUCAAGGAGGCCAAGCGCAAGCAAUGGUGUGCCUACUGUCUGAAAGAGUCACAGUAUCACUGCUGUUGGAACACCAGCUACUGCGACUACAAGUGCCAACAGAAACACUGGGGCGAACACAUGAAGACAUGCUCGCAGAAAAGCAAGUCCAAGAAACCGCACGGUAGUGCAACAACUGUGAGCGGGACUCCAGAGUCUAACAAGAGUGCCCGUCCUUCUCCAAUGGCAUCGCCCAAACCAGCACUAAGUGCAGCAGCGCCUGUCCCAAUCGGGUCAUCGAUGACCUCAACGGCAACCAUGGGUGCCUCGGGGUCCCAGUUUGGACUGAGUCAGAAUCAGCAGCCACAGAUGCAGCAGAUGCAGCAUCAGAUGUCGGCCAUGAGUGCGGUGGCUCCUCCAGGUGCACAUAUUGUGACGCUGCCGCCGGGUGCCAUGCCUCCACCUGGAAGUGUGCCGAUGAUGACAUUCAGCACUGGACCUCAGAUUCAACAGUCGAACAAUUCGAACCUGGCUCCUUUCAAUCCAGCAGUACAGCCUCCCUUCUUCACCCAGUAACGGACCAUUAGAGUCGCCCAUUGUCAGACUAGAUCCAAAACUCAUCAUUCGUACUCCACGUAACACCGCAGCUGCACCUUUAGUACUCUUGGGCUUAGGCUGGGAUUGGAAAAGGAAGACUGUUUGCUUUGCACCGAAUUCUAAAUUAGAAUCAACACUUAUUUUGUAUAACAGUAUCAAUUGCUGCUUCAGUGGCUGUUUAUGCGCUUAAAACUCAUCCGGAAAGUUUUUAGGUUGAAAAUUUUGUUUUCAUUGACAUUCACGAGAGAUAGAAUUAUAUAAACUGAUUUAUAAUUUUGAUUUUGUUUUCGAUUCUUCUGUGCGUUCAUUUUUCUGUCAGAAAACUUUUUCAUCUUGCGGCGAUGUCUGUCGGAAUCUGUCGCCGUUUGAUUGAAUCUUUAUCGUUUCAGUUGUUUCCAGUCUCAAUUUUAACCCAAAUUCCUUUCUCGAUACCUGAAAACCAACCUCAGAACCGGUUUUAUGCCAUGCUAUGUGUAAUAGGUGUGCUAUAGAAUGGAGGUGGCUUGUUUUUAUGUUAUAGAUUAUUUUUUGUCGCUUGAAAUGGAUACAACGUACAGUAUGUAUUAUAUAUUUCUCCAUUUGUUGAUUAUAUGUCAAGACAGAUCGCUCGUUGUCAAAGUAUUUUGAA